AUCCAUUAAUGGCUUCCUAGCCUAAAUUAUGUACCGUGUACACACCCCCGAUAUUAAUAAAAAUCCCCCGUUGGCAAGGUACCGCCAAAAAAGGCCCGUGGUUUUCUCCCGAUUAAGGUUUCCACGUAAAAAUACCUGUGUUUAUAUUUUGGUAUAUUUUUAGACUAGUUUAUCGUUUUAGCCGGGCUAAAAACAAUAUACUGGUCGAUAAUUUACACCAUCAUUUUGGCACCGACCGUGGGACCUAAACAAAAGGCCAUGGAAUUUUCAAUUCCUUCACUUCAUUUUUCAAGGGAGAACAAAAAAAAAGAGGGGAGAAAAGUAAAAAGGAAGAAGAAUCCAAAAGGCUCGUUGCUGUCAUGGCCAAAUCUAGCCCAAAUGCCAUCCGUGGAGCUAUAAUUCAACCUCUCAAUCAUUUAAUGGUAACAUGAUUAAUUUCUCCAGAUCUCUGAUCGAUAGGAGAUGAAGAUCAAGCUGGAAUUGUUCUUCUCGGGCUGCUUCAAGCAGAUGCGGCCGGAAACCAUGCCGGCGGCGCCAAUAAAAACAAAGGAGGAGCCGGCCCUGGCGGUGAGCAUGCGUCGUCAUUUCACCAGGGAAGGAUCUCGGCGUCGGACUUCAGCUCCUCCACGCUCUCGGAAGAUCUGUCCAUUUUGCUGGCGGACUCCAACGUUCACGCGUUCACGCCCCAGGAGCUGCGCGUCACCAUUCAGAGCUCCUCCAGCGCCAAAUUCAUCAGCCAAGGCGGGUUCGGCCCAGUCCUCAAGGGGUUCAUCGAUGGUCGGCUCAGACUGGGCUUUGCCGUUAAGCUACUUGAUUUGGAUAGCUCCCACGGAAGAAGGGGAAAAGAAGAGGAAGCGGCGAGGGCAGCGGAGGGUCCCAUGCAUUGAAAUCCAGGUCGGGCAAGCGGUUUUCCUUGGCGGUUCGGGUUACGCUACCGGCAGUGCCUCCAGUAUGGGACAGGCGUUUUCCUCUUCCACGGAAUCAGAUGAACGGAUCAGGAUCUUGAAAAUUUAAAUGAAUCGAAGCACCCCCUAAUCGCCAAUCUAAAUCCCCGGUCCAACAAUUGCGCCUCCAUUCGCCGUGCGUCAUCCACUCAUCGCCGCCGAUGCUCAAACCUGCCACCGCUGCUGCUCAAGCCCGCUGCCGCCGAUACUCAGACCCACCGACGCCGCUACAAAGAUCUGUCAUCAUCCCCACCACUGCCGACACUUGUGCGCCUCCGUCACCAUAUGGCUGUUUUUUGGUCCCGCCGUGGUCGAAGUCGUGAGCCACCACACCGAAAAAAAUCAAUCCCCGAUAGAAGCCAAUCAUCGCCGCCGACGAAGUAAAUCACCGACACUGCUACAAAGAUCUGUCGUCAUCCCAUCCACUCCACUACGGGCUAAUAUCCGUAGCUGUUGGUCUUAAAAUCUACCAUUGCCAUGAAUCCGUUAUGGAAGUCCACCCCUGUCAUACCGGAGGUUUCUUUUCAUUGAUGGUACAACCAAGCUCACUAGGUCCCAGUAGCAAAAAGCACUGUGGAUGUGGUGCUUUACUCUAGAUCGGAGCCUGCCACUCCUAUGGUUCAUCACUGCCACUGCAAUCGGAAUAUGGGUGCCACUAUUCUGCUAAAAAUCAGCUCCUUUUCCAAAGGAAGAAGAGGGACCCACAUCAACAACCCCGUAUCCGCCGGCCGCCAGCUGGUUCCGGCCAAAUCUGAUCAAAUUCCUCUUCCAGCCCAACGACGGGAUUGUCAACCCCAAAACCGGUCUCCACUUUGGCAAGAUGCUGUUUGCCCAGCUUGUUCAUCUCAUAUCCAGAGACAAAAAACGAAAGAGGGAAGGUGCAUAUGUUGUGUCACAUGCAUUCAUCACCCUUUUUUAUAAAGUGGGAUGCUUUGGAUGUAUCAAUAAGGUGUAGGGCCCAUCAUUGGGCAUAUUUCGUUUACUCUGUACGAAAAUAUGCGGGGGAAAGGAGUUGGAAGAGGUACUAUCAGAGGCCCACCAUUAAUUAAUGAAAGAAAAGGGAAGCACGUGAUUUUGGAAGAGUAUGGAAAGGAAGGAAUAUGGGAUUCACAUGAGGACAUCAUGCCAUUAUUCAUGGCCCCACAAUCAUGGAUGAAAAACUCAUGGGCCGAUUCUCAUGUCUCCCUGAUGGUGUAAAUAUAGCUGGACGGGUUAACCGGGUUUAACCUGGACACUAGACUCGUAAUAUAAAACACACAACAAGAACACAAAGUAUGACCUAGACCGGGUAAAUCUCCUCAGUCCGAAAUAUAUUUCUUACUCUGUCUCAAGAGUGUACUAGUUUUUAGUGAGAGAAAGAAUGGAUCCCCUCCUCUAUCCAAUAUCAUCAUAUUUAUAGAGGAGGAUUUGUGACCUUCCCCUGUUCAUCCAUGGACAAAAUAGGAAACCCGGAGGAAGGUCACUGUACAUAAUCAAUCUACUAUUCAAUC